AUGGGGGUGCCCGGAUUUACAUCUGAAGCUAUUGGCCAGGAAGUGGCCGUGUUCAAGGACCUGCGACUCGCCAAGGAUCAAAGGAGGGAGAGGGGGCCUGCCUUUCUUCCAGAACGUCCCACCCUGCUCCUUUUACUGUCUUUGCUUCUGCUUCCUCUGGGCCUCCCAGUGCUCGGUGCUCCCCCACGCCUCAUCUGCGACAGUCGAGUUCUGGAGAGGUACAUCUUGGAGGCCAAGGAGGCAGAGAAUGUCACGAUGGGCUGUGCAGAAGGUCCCAGACUGAAUGAGAAUAUUACAGUCCCAGAUACCAAAGUCAACUUCUAUGCUUGGAAAAGAAUGGAGGUGGAAGAACAGGCUGCAGAAGUUUGGCAAGGCCUGUCCCUGCUCUCAGAAGCCAUCCUUCGGGGCCAGGCCCUGCUAGCCAAUUCCUCCCAACCACCAGAGACGCUUCAGCUGCAUAUAGACAAAGCAGUCAGUGGUCUGCGUAGCCUCACCUCCCUGCUCCGGGUCCUGGGAGCCCAGAAGGAAUCAAUAUCACCUCCAGACGCCACCCCACCUGCUCCACUCCGAACACUCAUGGUGGAUACUUUCUGCAAACUCUUCCGGGUCUACUCCAACUUCCUCCGGGGGAAACUGAAGCUGUACACGGGGGAGGCCUGCAGGAGAGGGGACAGGUGACCUGCUGCCGCCGCCGCUGCCGCUACUGCCGCCGCCGCCGUGGUCUAUCCACCAACCCGCUCACCAUCACUGCCUGUCACGCCAACCCUCCACCACUCCCAACCCUCAUCAAAGGGCUUGUGACCUCCUCACCAGCUUGUCUGACGGACACUCCAGCACCAGCAGUGAUAUCCUGGGGCCCAGAAGAACUUUCCAGAGCUCUGUUCUGAAAUCUAAACAUGUCACUGGGCCAGCCUGAGGCCCCAGAGCAGGAGACACUCAGAGAACCAUCUUGGAUUUGUUUUGUUUUUGUUGAGACGGGAAGGUCUCACAUAGCCCAGGCUGGCCUGGAACUCGCUAUGGAGCUAAGGAUGACUUUGGACUCCUGAUCUUCCUGCUUCCAUUUCCUGAGUGCUGAGAUUGCAGGUGUGCAUACCCCCCCCCCCCCAGUUUAUGGGGUGCUGGAGAUGGAAGCUGGGGCUUCGUGCAUGCUAGGCAAGCGCUCUACCAAUCGAACCAUAUUCUCAGCAUCCAGAAACCAGCUUAUAACUCAGGGACAGAGACAUCUAAACUCAAUUAGUGUCCUGCCAGAACUGUGAUUCCCCCACAGGACAAGCUUUGGAGUUCAAUCUUUGUGGCACCUGUGAAGAAUACAGGGACUGGAGAAUUUAGGGGGCAAGGCAUGAAUUCUCCAGAUUUCAUGGGAUUUUCCCUGACACCAUGUCCCGCUGGACAGUAGAGGGGGCGGAACCAUGAAGAAAGAAUGGCAACUGACUCUUAGCUUUCAUGGGAG